AUGACAUUUAAAAUUUAUCGUUUUGAACGUUUGAAGAGGCAAGGAGGUGAAGCAUUUCUACGACUUUUAAUAUUCUUCCUGUUUUUAGCAUCAACUUUUGGAUUUUUCGCAAACAUUUCAAAUCGAAUGAUUGAAGGUGUUGAAAAAAGAAAUCAUUGGAAAGUUCAUCAGUUCUUAGUUUUAAAUUUAAUUCUCUUUUUAGCGAGAAUUUUGUUGUUUUUGGUUCUAUUGAUUGCCAUGUUUAUAAGUCCAAGCAUUAUGAGUUUGGAAAUAUUAAGAAAAUUUCUUAAAGAUGUAAAGAACGUAAUAAUUGCUUGCAGUAAAACAACGUUGAUUACUUCAGGAACGUGUAUCAUAUUGGAGUUUACCGUUCAAUCUUAUAUUCUUCUAGUUGUGCGAUUGUUGUACAAAAGAUUCGAAAAUGAGUAUAAAGCGCGAAUAAGUCGAGAUAAAUUGAACGUAAUCAAUGUUGAAGAAGCGGAAGUAUCCGAAAAAUCAGAAACGUUAACAUGUGAAAAUAAUUCAAGCAGAAAAUUAAAUUUCAUCACCCAUGACCUCCUUAAAUUAAACUGUCAAUUAAAUUAUGAUGUCUACUCAUGA